GCCGUUUUAAACACGAUUAAACCGUGUUGUUCGUCCAGAUGGGUAUUUUAAUCAAUCGGCGUGAGUUUGGACUUAUUAUGGAUCUGCUGGUUUGCUGAUUAAUCGAUUUGAAGGGAAGAAGAGAGAAGAGGGAGCGCCUCAGAACUUCAGGCAGGUCAGGUCGUGUGUCGGUUCAGUAUGAAGCUGCAGUGUGAUGUGGAGGUCGUUAAUCGGAUGCUGCCGUCGUUCGGGCUGAAGAAUAAAGGCAGAUCCAGCCGCGCGGUUUUAUCCAUCGGGAAACAUGUGGACCGGAGCCUGUAUCUGCUCAUCUGCACCGCCAAAGACCGCAGCGGAUCCAAAUACAAGCUGAAGGAGAACAUUGAGAAGUUCUUCACGUGGUUUGUGGAAGAGGGCAAAGCCACGGUUCGGCUGAAGGAACCCGCCAUCGACAUCUGUCUGAGUAAAGCCGACAUCAGCAGCUUGAAGAACUUCCUCUCCGCCGCCCGACUGGCACACAGAGGAACUGACACAGACUCCCUCCCCCUGUCGGCCCUCGGCCCGGCCCGUGCCCGCGAUGUCGAGAAACCCAAGAAGAAGCUCAGCAUUUUGUCCAAGAAGGACUAUCCGCUCACGUCCAGCUUCCCGUAUUCGCUGGAGCAGCUGCAGGUGUCGUAUUGCAGGUUGUCACGCGUGGACAUGCGCAUGCUGUCGCUCAGAUCGCUGCGCCGGCUCGACCUCAGCAACAACCACAUCAAAACGCUGCCGUCCACCGUGGGCGACCUGAGCUGCCUCGCCGAGUUGAUUCUUCACAACAACCACCUGGAGAGCUUCAGCGAAAGCCUGUGCUCCUCAACUCUGCAGACGUCGCUUCAGCAUCUGGACUUGAGUCAGAACCGGCUGAAGGUCCUGCCCGCUCGCUUCUGCCAGCUGCGGCAGCUGGUGAACCUCAAACUGGACGAUAACAAACUCGUGCGGCUCCCUUUUCACGUCGGCCGCCUCUCAAAGCUGCGUUUCCUGUCCGCCGCUCAUAACCAGCUCACCGUACUUCCUGCGAGCUUCAGGAAGCUGUGCCUGGAGAACCUGGACCUGUUCGGCAACCCGUUUACUCAAGCCAACGCUCUGGACCACACCAUUCACCUCACAUUCCCGCUGACGCUGCAGGAGCUGGCGUCUCGCGCCGUGGUCGACCUCAGAAUCCCGCACGGCCCUCACGUCGUCCCGUUCCACCUGUGUCACGAGCUGGACUUCUUUAAAGCGUGCGACUGCGGUCGGACGUGCAUCAACUCCUACAUCCAGACGGCCGUCAGCAUGAACCUGCACCUCGUGUCUCACACCGUGGUGUUGGUGGACAACAUGGGCGGCACAGAAGCUCCGGUGCAGAAGCACUUCUGCUCGCUCAUGUGUUACUGCGAGUUCAUGGACGGCUGCGUGCAGCGCGACCUGAGAUGACGACGCGACGAUCGCGCUCUCGUGCGCUUGGUGUUUCGGUGUUUGUGUUCGUCUUUCAGCUCAAUGUUUAAGGGUUUGUUCAUAGGACAGUUUUGUGCAAAAGACCUUUAAACUACAGCGUCACAACGUGUUUUAUGAAAUAAAUAAAAGUCAUUAAAACAAAAGUUUGAGGUGCCA